GACGACGAGGGGGAAGAGAGAGAGAGAGAGAGGGAUGUGGGGAGAGAACUAGGGUUUAGGAAGGAUCGAGAGAGAGAGAGAGAGAGAGAGAGAGAGAGAGAGGGGAUUAGGGUUUACGAGGGAUCGAGAUGGGGGGACUCUGCUCGUGCCUCGACUCGUCGAAGGCGCAGAGGCUCGAGGAGGAUCGCCUCGAAUCGCAGGAGGCGCGCGCCAAAGCGGCUGAGGCCGCUCAGAAGAGGCAAGAGCAGUUUGAGAAGUCAGCGGCGGGAAGGGCAGCUCGAGCUCAGUUGGCGGCUGCCUCGAAGCAAUCGAAUGCAGCGAGCGCAGGAGAGCCAGUUCUUAAGUGGCAGAUGGGGUGAUCACUAGCUCAUGUUUGGGGAGCAUUUGUAUAUUUGCUGAAGAAAACUUGAAGUUGCUUGGAUGGGUACAAUAUUAUCAAUGCACAUCCUCAGCGAAAAAUAUUGUUAUCUGCCUCUCUAGUAUUUGGAUGUAUGAAUAAUGUAUAGUUUGUUUGCAUGGCUGUUUUCUUGUUUCUUUCCUUUUUUAAUGUGGGAGACACUCUUUGUUUUUGUUCGUCAGAGUGGUCAAAAGAAUCGGAGCAUGUGUUGUUGUUUUGUAAAUAUUAAGUUAUUGUGAUUGUAAUCCUUGAACUGUAAUAAAGCCAACUCUGUUUUUUGGCUUUUAUAUAAAUAUAGGCUAGUGUAUUUCACAUA